GAAGUCGAUUUCGUGUUUAUUGUGCUUGUUUCCGUUUCAGAGUCACACGUGUAAUCAAUCGGCUUGCGUUGCUAGGUGUCAAUGAUCAGCGUGUGGUUUGUUCGCAGUACGGACGUGCAGAUUCCCCGUGACUUCGGUUCUGUGAAAGAAAUAAUGAGCGGCUCGGCAGAGCUCUAGCCAGACACCAGACUGAGAAAUGUCCUCCUGAAGUCGCCGUUUGGAAGCACAGUGGAGAUCAUGUUGUGGUGUUGCGCUUUUCUCUUGGCUGUGCCCACAGCCGCCCUACUGCUGCUGGUUUUGUGGGUGAGAAAGGUUAAAAGUGAAAGUCAUCGGGCGUUCCCCGGCGGACGACCAAUCUGGGGCUUUUUCCACCCAUACUGCAACGCCGGGGGUGGCGGUGAACGUGUCCUUUGGGCCGCGGUACGCUCCGUCCAAGAGAGGUAUCCCGACCACCACUGUGUUGUGUACACCGGAGAUUCUGACGUCACCGGCGACAGCAUUAUUGACAACGCUGCCAAGCGCUUCAAUAUAAAGCUUAGCAAAUCGACAGUGCAUUUCGUCUUCCUGCGGUGCCGAAACCUAGUCGAAGCAAAGCCUUACCCGUUCCUAACAAUCCUGGGACAAAGCAUCGGGUCAAUGAUCCUGGGACUUGAAGCUCUUUUUAAGUUUGUUCCCACGAUUUACGUGGACACCAUGGGCUAUGCUUUCACCUUGCCCAUCUUUAAGCUUCUGGGGAGGUGCCAAGUGGCCUGCUACGUCCAUUACCCGACAAUCAGCACCGACAUGCUCGUUUGCGUUGCAGAAAGAACCACUGCCCACAACAAUAGUUCCGCCAUCUCUCGUAGCCAGCUUCUAACUUCGGCUAAACUAGUCUACUACAACAUAUUCACGUGCCUCUACAAGCUCUGUGGACGGCGUGCUGACGUCAUUAUGGUCAACUCCAGUUGGACACGGGGCCACAUUGUGGAACUUUGGAAAGUUCCGCAGCGGACAUUCCUCGUCUACCCGCCCUGCAACAUUGAAGAGUUCAAGACGAUUAAGAGGGUGGUCGAUGAUCCAACGCCUAAGGAGUUCAGGGUGUUGUCGCUGGCCCAGUUUCGUCCGGAGAAAGACCAUCAGCUCCAGUUGCUGGUCUUCCACCAACUGAAGAGUGAGCUUGCUGAAGCUGAGUUCAGGAAGCUGAAGCUUGUACUUGUGGGUAGCUGCAGGAACAGAGAAGACGAAGAGCGAGUUCAGUCGUUGAAGGACCUAACUGCCAAGCUGGACCUCGAAGAAAACGUUGAGUUCAAGUUAAACAUUCCGUUCGAAGAGCUCAAGUCUGAGAUGGAGAUUGCGUCGGCUGCUAUUCACACCAUGUGGAAUGAGCAUUUUGGGAUAGGUGUGGUUGAGUGCAUGGCUGCUGGUCUUGUCAUGGUUGCCCAUGAUUCUGGGGGACCCAAACUGGAUAUUGUGACAGAGUACAAUGGCGGACGAACAGGAUUUCUAGCAAACGAUGCUGGAAGCUACACUGAUGUGUUCAAGACCUUGCUGAAGAUGCCUUCUGCUGACAAACACUGCAUUCAAGUGAAUGGAAGGCUUGCAUCAGAAAGGUUUUCGGACGAAGUUUUCAGCAAGUUAUUCCUGGAUGUGGUGGGGCCAUUGGUACAGAACACUAAACUCUGAAGAAAACUUUUUUUUUUAUCUUUAUGCAUGUGUGUAUGUGCAUCUGAUGUUUUUUUUUGUUUUUCUUUUUUUUUUUUUUUACCAAAGAAGUUUUUUUAUUAAAAGUGAAACCCCAAUCUCGUCUCUUUGAUUUGGUAAUAGACAAAUGCGUGAUGAAAUAAAGGUUGUUGACUUCUCUAAUAAUUAUCAAAA